GAAAAAAAUUAAAUAUCUGUAAAUAAAAGAAAUUAAGAACUAACUUUGCUAAUCAAAGCACAAUCUCUAUCAGCGUCCUUCUCUUCUUUCUCUUUUUUCUCAGACCAAGCAACUGAGUCAAUUCAAUUCAUAGGAAAACGAACUGAAAUCUUUGAUUAAAGUAGGAGUAAUUGCACAACUGUUACAUAAUUUGAUGAUGGGAGAUGAUAAAUCAACGACGAUGGUGAUGGGAAAUAGCAGUAGAGAAAGAGAUCGCGAACUUCUCAUACCAGUCGCUGAUUCUUCCAUUAAUCAUGAUGAUUCAGCUAAACCUACCCCUUCUAUUUCCUCUUCUCAUCAUUCUGGUCGUGAGACUUUUUAUAAAAUAAUCAGAAGUUGGGCUUCAAAGAAAUUUAUGACAGGAUGUGUCAUCCUUUUUCCAAUAGCUGUCACAUUUUACAUAACCUGGUGGUUCAUACAUUUUGUGGAUGGAUUUUUCUCUCCUAUCUAUGCUCAACUUGGAAUCGAUAUAUUUGGCCUGGGAUUCGUAACUUCAAUAGCAUUCAUAUUUUUGGUUGGCGUCUUCAUGUCAUCAUGGUUGGGGGCAUCUGUUUUAGGCCUUGGUGAGUGGUUUAUUAAGAGAAUGCCUUUUGUCCGUCACAUCUACAAUGCAUCAAAGCAGAUUAGUUCGGCAAUAUCUCCCGACCAGAACACACAGGCCUUUAAAGAAGUUGCCAUCAUUCGACAUCCACGAGUUGGGGAAUAUGCUUUUGGGUUCAUUACAUCAUCUCUUACCCUGCAGAGUUACUCUGGGGAGGAGGAUCUAUGCUGUGUCUAUGUUCCUACAAACCAUCUGUACAUUGGUGAUAUCUUUCUUGUUAACUCACAAGAUGUUAUCAGGCCAAACCUGUCAGUUCGUGAAGGAAUUGAGAUUGUAGUGUCUGGUGGGAUGUCGAUGCCACAGAUCCUGUCGACGUUGGAUACACGUAUUGUCGGUCACCUUGACAGAAUUAGAUCCAACAGAAGCAUAGGCUAGCACCAAUUUUUUCAGGUUAUAGAUGGCCUGUGUUAGUAGAUAGUGAACCAGAAAUCUGAAAAUGUGUGAAGACUACUUUAUGCAAUGCAACCUGUUCAUAUUCAUCUUUCAGAAAUCAGAAGACUGAAUUUUCAGAAUUCAAUUAUUUUUAAAGUUGUAUCUUCUUUCAUUUUCCAUGUAUUCUCAGAUGUCUUGUACAAUGUAGAGCCACAAUCUUACAAGUAGAUUUUGUUUAUGCUCAGGCUUUUUACUCUGCUUCUCCCUUGUGAAUCAACCUGCAGUUGAUUCAUAUUUUUAUUUUUACAACAUUACAACGUAUUUCACCCCCGGUAGUGCAGAUUUUUCUUUGCACGAUGCUGUCAUGGACUGACUUAGCCAUAGGGAAAAUGGUGGUGAUAGCCAAAUAACAAAAUGUUUUGAGUGUAACAAAUUGUAAAGCAAAAAUGUAAAUAACUGCUUGUAGAAAUGGAAUGUAAUUGAAAUUGUAUAUCAAAGAAUAAUUGUAACCAAAAACGAUCACAGUGGAUAGUAUACAAGCAUUUGAAGGGCUUGUUCUCUCCUAACGAGUAUUAAAUUCCACUUAAAACUUUCACUUGAAGGAAUUCUAAUUCCCUUAGGCC